UCUUCUCUUCUUGUUCUUCAACGCGGAAGUUUCAUAACAGUGUAGGCAGGGGAGUUUUGUGUUGACAUAAGUUGUGAUUGAAUUUAAUCCUUUUAACAGAAGCCUGUAAUUUUAACCUCCUUGUCAAAAUGGUGAACCUCGGCCUGACAAAGGUGGACGACGCGAUAGCAGCAAAACACCCCGGGUUGCAAAGCUACGCUGCGUGUCAGUCUCACGCCUUUAUGAAGGGGACUGGAACCUUUGCACUAGGUGUCGCAGGGUUUUUUGCCAUCCAGAAGGCUCUGCAGGUGAGACUCCCCUACCCCCUACAGUGGAAUCUGCUCAUAUCAAUAGUGGCAUCAUCAUUUUGUAGUUAUGCAGUAACUCGCUGGGAAACACAGAAAUGCUCAGACCUUUGGCUGAUGCUGGAGACAGGUAAAGUCCCAGACAGAUCACCGCCACCACCGACAGUAUCUCAUCCAGAGGAUUCGAAAGCUGCUCAGAAGACAAAAUAUGGAGAUGAGAUGGAAUAAACAUGGUCUUUCACCUA